CGGAAGUAUCAAAAGGAUUUCAUGGAGAGAGGGAGGGGGGAAAUGUAUUUUUAAAAGGUCAGAAAAAAUGACCUGUGUGUUUUGAAGGCUCUUCUCAGCCAGGGGCCAGUGCUUUACAAUCCAACUCAGGCAGAGUUCUUUGUGAAAGGUUUACCUUAUGUGAAUUUGCAAGACAAGCAAUAACCAUCAAGUGUGUCUGUUGUCAUUUGCUUUUAAAGCCUUUCAUUGGUAGGAAGUGCAACACACAAAGCCAUCUGUUACUCGAAGGUAUCAGGAUCACCAAUCAGCCACCCUCAGAAUAAGCAGCUGUAAAUCGAGUGCCUAUACUUUCUAAAUAGAGUGAAGGUUUGACAUUAAUCUCCUCAAGUUGCUGAGUAGCUGGUACUGUGCCCAAACACAAAUGGGAAAACGGAAGGAGAAAGGUUAAGUGACAAGCCUAAAGCUCCGAGAGUGGGACAGAGUGGGUCUGGACUGUGAUUAGAACCUUGGGGGCUCCUGAUUCCCAGUCCUGGGUCUAUCUGUCCAUACGUCCAUCCCAUAACUGCUGUGUCUCAGAACUGGAUUAGACCUCCCUCUCCAGUCAACAUGCCAGUUUGAAUGUGAGCUUGUGCUGUGAUAGAUCAACAUUCAUCUCUCAAGAAGUCAUAUUCCACAUGGAGUAGAAAUAAAGCUGAGGCUGGUUUAAACUGUUUGGCAACUUCACUCAGACCACACAGAAGAAGUGAAAAAAUCUGCAACCUCUAAGGGGAAGGAAUGACAUUGGGGUGGCUGGAGUCUACUACACUCAGGAUUCUUCAUCAAAGAGUCCAAACUAAAGGGUUCUCUCUUCCACAAGCUGUGCUACUGUCAGGGUUGUGAUCCUGGUGUUACAUGAGAAAUUCGACCCUGGCUGAGAACCAAGCUUAAAUGGGAAUCCAGCCUAGGGGUCAACAGAGAGGACAUUCUUUUUGGCUCUUACAUCUAAAUGUGUUACUCCGCUUCCCCCCCCCCAACCUAUGGUAAUGGGGCCCUUGAGGCCUGUGUCAUUUUUUCAGGAGGAUAGAACUGGGCAACAAGCGGAGGCCGGAGUAUCAUGGAGAGAUCAACAGUCACAUUGCCGGCGAAGCCAGAUGAGGAAGCAGUUUAAGCUGUGAAUUUCUUCUUCGCUCCCAUAGAACAGUGACGACCAUCAUUUUUGUCUUCACAUAGAUGCUUUGUGAACAAGUAUCCUGGAGCACAAUGGAAAAGUAUUAAUACAAGACAUCAGAAAAAAGUGCUGCAAUGUCUAGUGUGCUGAGGGGAAAAAGAGAGACUUAUGACUGCAUCUUGAAACACUCUCAGAUGAUUUGAGGUUACAUUUUUGGAAGAUCUCAACUGGAGCUGUGAAGAAAAGAAAGGGAGGAAGGGAGGCAGUGACUGAAUGGUAUUUCUUACAUUAUUUGAAAGAGAGAAGGCCCUGGGAACCUGCAAACAAUCAGGCAGUUUCUGAAAAAUCUUUAUGGUAAAGGAUAAUCCAGGACUUCCUGUAGAAGAACAUAGUGAAUGAUAAUCCAGAGCAGCUGCUGGAGCAUUGUGCUCACAGGGAGAUGAUUCCUCAUGAAGUCACUGGAUCCCCUUCAGAAAUCAAAUGUGACUUUCCAUUUAUCAGACUGAAAUCAGAACCAGCCAGACAGUGAAACAAGAACAGUGGAGGGGGGACGGCGAAAGAUGAAAUCCAACCAAGAGAGGAGCAAUGAAUGCCUGCCGCCCAAAAAGCGAGAAAUCCCCACCACCAGCCUGCCGUCCGAGGUGAAGCCAGUGGUCCUGCCAAACGAAAACCACCGCACGGACAACUUAACAUGGCUCUCCAGUACGCCCAGCAGCCAGAGCAGCAUGGGUGGAAGGCACCGGCCUGGAGGGAGUUCAGUGGAGAUUGGCUUGCAGCAGGGUUUACACAAAACAUCGUCUACAGGAAUGGACUAUUCUCCACCGAGUGCUCCCAGGUCCGUUCCAGUCUCAACAACACUUCCCACAGUGUACUCGCCUGCACUCUCACAGUCAGGGACGCCUGUAUCCCCGGUGCAGUACACGCACCUGCAGCACACUUUCCAGUUCGUUGGGCCCCAGUACAGUGGACCAUACGCCGGAUUCAUCCCCUCCCAGUUGAUUUCCCCGACAGCCAAUUCCGCAACUUGUGCGGCAGCCUCUGCCACUGCUGUUGCAACCACUCCAUCCCAGCGUUCCCAGCUGGAGGCUUAUUCCACUUUCCUGGCCAGCAUGAGCAGCUUAAGUCAGCAGGGGCACAAAGUUGAGCAGCAUCUAGUCAGGACACCUGGAUUGAUUGCAGCAGGGUCUCCUCCACCGACUCAGCAAAACCAGUAUGUCCACAUUUCCAGCUCUCCCCAGAGCGCGGUCAGAAAUGUCUCUCCUCCGACCAUCCCAGUCCAUUUGCAUCCCCACCAAACGGCGAUUCCACACACACUCACCCUCGGCCCCUCCUCCCAAGUGGUGGUGCAGUACUCGGACUCCGGGGGCCACUUCGUUACGAGGGAUUCUACCAAGAAAGCCGAGAGCAGCAGGCUGCAGGCAAUGCAGGCGAAGGAAAUACUGAAUGGAGAGAUUGAGAAAAGCAGGAGGUAUGGCCUCUCACCCUCUGGAGAUGUGAGUCUAGUCAAAGCAGGCAAUAAACCAGCUCCUCAUCAUUAUGAGACCAGACAUGUGGUGGUGCACUCGAGUCCUGCUGAGUACAGUGCACGGGAUUCCUCAGGCAUCCGGGCCUCUGUUAUGGUUGUACCGAACAGCAGCACACCUAUUACGGAGAUGGAGGUACAGCAGGCCACCAGCAGAGAAACUCCUCCCUCAGUCCUCAAUGACAAGGGAAACCUGCAUUUAGGAAAGCCAGCCCACAGGUCUUAUGCUUUAUCUCCGCAACAGACUAUGGGCCACGAGGGGAUGAAAGCGGUCGCCACGCUGUCCCCCCACACUGUCAUUCAGACCACCCACAGCGCCUCAGAGCAACUCCCUGUCGGGCUGCCUGCGACAGCCUUCUAUGCCGGGGCCCAGCCGCCAGUAAUUGGCUAUCUGAGCAGUCAGCAGCAAGCGAUUGGUUACCCUGGAAACCUGCCACAGCACCUGGUGAUCCCUGGCACCCAGCCCCUGCUUAUACCAGUUGGCAAUGCAGACGUUGAAUCAUCAGGAGUAGCACCUGCUAUAGUCACUUCAUCUCCCCAGUUUGCAGCAGUGCCUCAUACAUUUGUCACUACCACCAUUCCUAAGAGUGAGAAUUUCAGUGCUGAGUCUCUAGCAACCCAGCCAGCCUACCAGGCAGCCUUGGUGCAGGCCCAGAUCCACCUCCCGGUGGUGCAGUCUGUAGCUUCUCCAACGGCAGCUCCUCCGACACUGCCUCCUUACUUCAUGAAAGGGUCAAUCAUUCAGUUGGCCAAUGGGGAGCUGAAGAAAGUAGAGGACUUAAAAACAGAAGACUUUAUACAGAGUGCAGAAAUUAGCAAUGACCUGAAAAUAGACUCCAGCACAGUGGAGAGGAUUGAAGACAGCCAUAACCCAGGCAUUGCUGUGAUACAGUUUGCAGUUGGAGAGCAUCGAGCACAGGUCAGCGUUGAAGUCUUGGUUGAAUACCCUUUUUUUGUAUUUGGACAAGGCUGGUCGUCCUGCUGCCCUGAGAGAACCAGCCACCUCUUUGAUUUGCCAUGCUCCAAACUCUCAGUUGGGGAUGUCUGCAUAUCGCUUACUCUCAAGAAUCUGAAGAAUGGCUCUAUUAAAAAGGGCCAGCCCAUGGAUUCAGCUAGUAUCUUGCUGAAGCACUCAAAGAAUGACAGUCUAGCUGGAAGUAGACACAGGUAUGUGGAGCAGGAAAAUGGUAUUAAUCAGGGAAGUGUACAGAUGUUAUCUGAGAAUGGUGAACUGAAGUUUCUGGACAAAAUAGGAUUGCCUGCAGCACCUUUGUUCACCAAAACAGAACCCAGCAAGCCCACGGCGACGAGGAAGAGGAGGUGGUCGGCCCCUGAAACACGGAAACUAGAGAAAUCAGAAGAGGAACCACCUUUGACUCUUCCCAAGCCUUCUUUUAUUCCUCAGGAGGUUAAAAUUUGCAUUGAAGGUCGAUCUAACGUAGGCAAGUAAAGGCUGUUUGGGGAAAGGAAAUUAGGCUAUCCCUUGUCAUUUUUAUCCAGAUUACUGUACUGUAGACUAAAUAACCCAGUAUUUACAUGUUAUCAUCUUAUUUUAGGUUUAUGUUAUAACCUUGUUGUUAUAGUUGCAGCUGGUAUUAUGCAGGAGACAGGUGCAUAUGUUUUUCCACAAGUGUUUUGUCAGUGACUAGGUUUAUUGAGAGCUACAGAAGGGGCAGUAUCUGCUUCACGCACCCUUAGUGGAAAUGAAUGUGUUGUCAUGGCUCCUGUUUUCUGUCACCUAGUGUAGAGCAGACUCCAGCUGUUCUUUUUUCUGUGAGGUGACAGAAGGGAACUGUAGCAGAGAUAAACUGUGCUGCAUGCAUUGUGUGUGUUUCAGUCCCAAGGAGGGAUUGCAGCUCCCUGGCUGGGUUGUUAGGAGGUUCUCUUGCGCCAAGAGAAUGCUAAGAACCCAACACACACACAUUAUUAAAAAAGGAUCAGACAGUCUUUGACACAUUUCACAAUCAAAUCAACUCUUAGUCAAGGCUCUACAGUAUAUAUAUUUUCCCCCAUGGGGUCCGACUGCACUGAAUUUUAUUCAUAAAGUGACUGCCAUGCAAAUGUUUCUUUUCGGCUUGCUAGUGCAGUUCCAUUGCCAGAGUGUAACAUUCAGUAAGGUUCUACGCUUGCAUUGUUACACUGCUAGUUUUUAAUUAAUGACAUAGCCAGGGUGAGGGAAGCAUAAAGUUCAUUGAGUCCCCUAGCUAAGGGGAAACUCCUGGUUCUGUGCAGUGUUAGAUAAAUUAAUCAGGUUAUGCCAUUGACAUUUGCUUCCACAAGGUAGACAUGUACUGCCCCUUUGAGAGCACAGACAUAAAUUGUUUGCAUUUAGGUUGCAAAUCUUUGUCUUUAACUCUAGUACUGUUUUUAGUUCAUGACGAUGGACAACUGGUGCCACUUUUUUUCAAAAUUCAGUGUGACACAAGGAAUCGGACGUUGAAGAUGAACAUAGAAUGUCUUUAAGCACUUAAAAUGCUGUUCACGCUUUCUUGUCGAGCAUCCUGGUCUAACACUCAAUAAGUACUGUAUCUCACUUUAAUCUGUUUGAGGGGAAAAAAAGAAUCUAUUCAACACUGUUAACUACAUAUAACUAUGUAGAGUUUUCUCACAAGCAAGAUGUUGGAAAUUUUAAUGUGGUUUCAAAGGGAUGAAUGUGAAUUAUUGAACUAGUAUGUGACAGUCAUUGUCCACAAAGGACUACUUAAUAGGAGGCACUUUUAAAACUUUAAUGCUUGAGAAAGAGUUAAAGGCAUAUGCGAGCUGACAGAUAAUAAAAGAAUACGAGAGAGGAAAAAGGAAAGAGGAAAAAAAUUAUUGUCCAGUGUUUUUGAAAAAGAUGGACUUUAAAGAAUCUUGCAAUUUGCACAUCUUGAGUUUAUCAUUUGUGUGGUAUUCCUGCAGUUUUUACCUAAUAAUGUUGUGGGGGAAGGGAGGGGGACUGAGAGAGCAUAAACAAAUGUAGCAAUUAUUUACUAACCUGCCUAAGCUCUAGGCCAUUUUAUAGAGUUAUGUUCCUUUUAAAGUUCAUUUUUGAUCUUUCUGCCAUAUCUGUUGCAAAGAACCAGGUCCUAGCAGGACAACUCGGAGAAUUUUUCUUCACAUACAUUGAGAGAGUUUUCCAGAAAAGACAUCUCUAUACAUAAGCAGGAUUUUAUUAAAAAAAGAAACUAUUAUUAUUUUAUUAUUAUUAUUAUUUGUUGUUUUAAUGACAUUUUCCAGUUGAAAUACAAUCUUGAUUUCAGAGUUUGGUACAAAACAGUAAGAGGGAAUGGGGGUUAAGUCUUUUUUUGUUCCCAGUAAUCUGAAACAAAGGUAGGGCCGGAUCCUUAGAGGUGCUGUGCACCUCUGGUUCCUGUCAACGGGAGGUGCAAGUACUUAGCACUUCAGGUGUGAGCUGAAGCCCGUUGCAUUCAAUCCCAUUGGUUUCAGUGGACUUUGGAUUAGCCCUCCGUGAUUAAGCCUUUAUAAUACUAUGACUUUUGUUCUGUAAUGGAGUUUGCAUCCUUCAAGUACUUUUGAAGAAGCUGUACUAAUAGGGAGAAGUAGGCUAUAAAAGUUCUUGAUUAGAGAUACAGUAUCUAAAAUGAACAAAUUCCUUAAAAAUCUCAUUUUCCCACUCCUAAAAUACUGUAU